ACGCUGUCAAAGAAAAUGGCGAAUUGUGCUAGUAUCGGAGGAAUUGAAAAUUAGUUAAUAAUUUAUUUUAUUUUGUGACCGAUUAAAACAGUUUAGUACUCAACAAGUGUGCCUAAAAAAAAAAUUGAUUUAAUGUUUCAAUCAUAUAAUAUAAAUAUCUCAAGUAAAGUGUGUUUUAACUGUGCGCGUGGGUCAGACAUAUAAAUAAUUGUUUGCCGUUCCUUCGUUCUGGAUCAGGCAGGCUUGAUUAUCCGGGAUCUAUAAAUGAACCAAAAUCAAAUCCAGCAACUCACCUCUCACCUCUCACAGGCUCUUGAUCAAAACUAUGAUGUCGUCAAUAUGGAUGCGGUUCUCUCUGUCAUAUGUGCUCUCGAAGGCACAACGAUCACUAAGGAGCAACUGGAGGCCACCAGAUUGGCGAAGUACAUAAACCAACUUAGACGGAGAACCAAAGAUGAACAUCUUGCCAGACGUGCGAAGUCCCUACUGAAGAUGUGGCGAGAAAUGGUGGGGAUUCAGCAAACGGCUAAUGAUUCUCAGCACCAUCACAGUCAGCACUCAUCCCUACCGACAACGCAAACAUCACAUUUUUACAAGUAUACAGCGGCAACGACAGAAAGCAACUUGGCCGAAUCAGUUGUUCAUCUGCCCAUUUCCCCUUCGGUUCCGUCACACCGAACGAUUUCAGAUCUGCACUCAAAUAUGGAUUCCUCUGAACAGUCACCUGCAGCCCUGCCUGCCCAGCCACAUUCAAAUUUCGCAAACCUUAUUAAUAAUAUAAGCAAAUUUGAACGCGAAGAAAGCAACUCUAGCAAGUCAAUGCAAACUCAUAAGCAACCGCAGCCACAAUUCCAAACUAGGUCUCUUGGACUGCCGCUCCCAUUCAUAAAUGAACAGUCAUUGAAUUCUGUAUCAAUCUCAUCGGAUGUCGGAAAUGAUAAAAGAAGUGAAGCUUCAAUUGUGAUCGAUAUAGUAACUGAUUCUGACGACAACGACAAUGAGAGUGAAAGUACAAUACGGGGAAAAUCCACAAUAGCUGCGUCAACACCUCUCACAAUAUCGCCUGCUCCGUGCAUUCGGCCAAAAAAAUUUAAAAAGGAUAAAAAGCAUAAAGAAAGGGUUAGGUCAAAGUCUUCUUUCUUGGCUAACAACGAAUUAAUCGGACAACACUCCAGAUACAGCGCGAAAGUAAAGGAAGGCCAGUCGCAAACAGCUCAGGCAACAGACUCUGAAAUUUUUUCUCUGUCUAAUAGCUCGAUGAGCUCAAUCUUAUCUGGGGAUGCAGCUAUAUUGAACUCGCAGCAUAGGUUUCUACCAAAUUCAUCAGAGCUGACGUUCACCGGCAGGUUUAAGACAGUCGACCAAUCUAAUAGUUCAAAUCAGGAUAAUUCCGCUCUGCCGAUCGGACAGAAUACCGUAUUCCGACAAAAUGAAUCAGAAAGACCAAUACUUGAAGAUUCAAUUACAAACGACUCGAGUACAUCCUGCAGUCGGCUUUCUCCUCCCACUGUCGAAGAACGCAGAAAAUUAGAUAAAGUUGAUGACUCAAUACAAAUGCCAAUGCCUUCGAUUGGACUUGUCCACGAGUCAAAUAGUAGGACUGACUAUUUGGAAAGCUCAUCAAAGUCUCAAGUUCCUAAAAAACGUGGACGGAAAAAAGGCUCAAAGGGCGUGGACGCUGUAAUUGCCAAGGAAUCGUCUAGCCUGUCGGAGCAAAUUUUUUUUGGCGUUAGUUCUAGUGUGAAAAAGGUGAAGACCACUAAAGAACUUUUCAGUGAAAUUCAGAGCAGGAAAUUAAUCACUGCCGUGCAGUCGUCCACAAGUAAUAUCUCAAAUUCCUCCAUAUCUCGAGAACUGACUACCCGUGCUCCCAUGCCAAGACCAACCUCAUCUUGUUCUGACACGUCGAUCCCUUCGCCACAAAUCAUGGAAACUUUUUUAGGAAAUGUUACGCUGAUGGGGGUUGACAAAUUUUCAAUUAAAAAUGAAGAUGCCGCUAAUACGGAUAGUGACACCAUCACUUCAGAGCCAUCUCAAGAUAGUAACAAGUCGCAGGAAAUUAAGGAAUGUACUUCACUGGACAGCAAUAGCAACUCUCUCCAGAUUUUGUCUCUGGCAAAAACAUCGAUGCACACUUUAAAGUCGGACAGCUAUAGCGAUGUUACCACACAACUAAUGCAUCUUAUUCACAGCAUAAAAGGCCCAGUGAGUGUCUAUGAAGUUGAAAAGUUAUACCGAGCUCAGAUUGUACCGUGCACCUGCCUAGUUAUAGAAGAACUAUCCAACCCUUUGGGCGAGGAAAUCAGUUUAGGUUCGGACAACGUUGCGGGCGAUCCUAAGAGCGAUUCAAAUAAUGAUAACGUUUCUUGUCAUAAAAACCAAGAAGAGCAAUUGCCCAAAAUUGAACGAUUGAGUGACAAUGAUAUUUUAGUUGAUACCCCGGCGAAACCAGUUAGGUCCAUAUUUGACUUGGAUUUUGAUGAGGGCGAAGACCCUUUGCAAUCAAUAAUUAACGAUAUUCGUAUGCCGCCAAUUAAACUGAAAGAGACCAAAGAAAACUCAGAUUUCAAUACCUCCCUUGCCCAUUUACCAUUGAAUAUUGCUCCUCUGGAUGUUGCUAGUGGAAAUAUCGAUGCAGUACAAAAUCGAGUCAACUGUCACAACCAGGAGGGAGAAAACAGUGAAGAACUUAAUGUCGCUAUUCCUGUUUUCACCUGCCACGAGGAUCCAGAUUGCGUUGCAAAGCAAAGGUUUCACGUGCAAACCAACCAAGUGAAUAAUUUUCAUAUAAAUGCGUUACACAACUUUUACAUACCAAAUAUAAACGGCAAUUGGGAUAGCAUCGACUUAUCUAUUGUCUCAGAAUCUACAAUAACCGACUUCCGCAGUACCUACACAGUCACGGAUGGAGCUGACGUUGUACCAAAAUAUGGCUCCCUUACAUACGACCGGAUUAGAAAGGAUCUGAGUUCUAUGACAUUUACAAGAUCUUUCAAGACCAGACACUUCAAAUCGAAAGUAACAGCGUUUCUUGGAGUGGCAAAGUGUUUGCCAACGUGUCGUCUCGCUAGAAGAAGGAUUAAGAAAAAACAAGUUAAAUCCCCGCCGACUCCAUUAACAGUGAUUCCGAGUACAAUAGAAGUUUUGGACCUGUAUCCGGACCACAUGCAGAUGAAAUAUAAUUGUGCUAGUCCACUGAAAGUGGAUGUUGACAUACCAGUUUCUGGCCAUGAAUAUAAUACCGAAAACAAUGUGCAAAUGCAAGUCAAUUUGAAGACCAAGAGCGAUCCAACUUUAAGUUACAACCUUCUAAAAUUGGCCAAUAGCAAGUCGCUUUUUGAGAAAGGUGAGCCAAGCGAUAAGGGCAGUGAAUACGAGAAUAAGAAAAACAGUCGCCUUAGUAGCAGUAGUAGCAGCAGUUGCAGCAACUCUAGCCAGUCUAGCAACUUCAGUUUAAAAAAAAAACAGGAUUCCAUUAAUGAAAAGCUUAGAAAUCAGAGGUCUCAGCGGUACAGAGUCCAAACUAUAGAACCGGCACAAGAGGAAACUAGUAGAAAACGUCAAGAGAAAAAUAUGAAAGCGAUACAUUUUGAAGAAAAUCCACCCAUUAAGCGCAUUAAAAUUUCUUUGAACGGAAAAAUGUCGAACCUUAGCAGUAGCAAAAACAGCAGUUCUAGUGAAAGUGAAUCCGAAACUGGUAUAGAGAACGAUAACGAAGUCGAGAACGACUAUAAAAAUAAUAAUGACGAGGAAUAUGCAGUUGUUCAACGACCCAUGGGUGGCGUUAGCAAUAAUCACAUUGUAAUGACAAUAAAGAAAACACCAAGUAAAAUCAAUUCUCCAGCUAACUCAAUCUCUGCUACUUCACCUAUUAAUGCAUCCGAGACUCGUAACGUAAGAAAUUCAUUUUUUGACUCUAAUCGGCACAAUGUGUCCAAAUCAAGUACUUUAAGCGCUCCCCUAUAUCCAACGGAUUAUAGUAAAAGAGUUUUAUUGUCCAAAAAGAAUCGUCAUCCGAAUCGUCAACGUCGUUAUCGUCUAUCUCGUCGAAAAUCGGAUUUUAAAGGCAGAACUAUUGAUUUAGAGCUAAAACAUUUGUUCACUUGCAAACCCAACCCAGAUCUAAACACCGUGUCCGACAUAAAACUUCAUAAAAAGCUUUUUUUCAAUCAUGAACUAUGCAAAAAGAAUAAUGCAGGCAGAAAACAGAGGAUUUUAAACUACAGCAGUAGUAGCAGUUCAAGCUAUGAUGAUGACGAAAGCGGGUUUACUUCAGAGGAAUCUGGAGCAGAAGCUAAAAAAAAAGUUACUACUUUUGAAAAAUACAGCUUAAAUAUUGAGACUGAUACGAGUGCCGAGAGAACGGUAGAAGAUCCACUUGAAAAUAAAAUUAAAGAGGGUCCUUAUUUAUCAUCGUCUAGCAAUGAUGUUGACGUUAGCGAUAGCCAGAGCGAGGGCGAGAUCGAAAAUCAUGAAGUAUUAGAUGAAGCUGCUGAAAAUGUCGAAGUUGACACACUUAAUGAAGUGUAUAACAAUGGAAUGCUGACAUCUUUUAAUUCGAUAUGUGUUGUAAAACAGAAAAUGAAAGAACCGACGGUGAUGGCGGUCUCGGGCAGUGUCGACGCACCCGUACCACAAUCCACUGCAUCGCUGGCGUCACUGCAAAAUGAGAAUUGUGAUGAUGUGAAUAAUCUAUGCUAUAAUAACAACAAUUUAGAUGUAAUUAAACAUAGCAUAAAUACUAGCUCCAUACUGAAUGAUACCAUUUAUAAAAACGUCAUUAGUAAUACUUCUCCAAGAGUCUUAGCCAACAACUUCAGCGAAUGUAUUGAACAGAAUAUCGAAAAUUCUGAAUUAAAGCCCCAUAUGCACUCCAGUGUUGAGCACCAAACAGGUACUCGACGAACCACCCUGAAAGACGUUGCGUUAUCCUGCUACGCUGAUUUGGACUGUACCCGAAUUCAGAAAUUUAAGGAGUGGCACCAAGUUCUUCAAUUGCAAUCAUAUAAUAAUGAGCCCUUAAUAGUUCUGCCAUACGUUGUGCUUGAAUAAUUUAUACAUUUCACUUACGGAUGAUUUCGGAAGAAAUAUAAAGUAAAUUUGGCCAAUUACAUUUAAUGCUGAUGUGUUCUCUAAAUUCUGUUAAAUUGUUAUGUCCAAUCAAAGCUAUUUUUUCGUUAAUUUAAUAUUUUAUAUUUUUUCAUGAUUAAUCCACAAAAAAACAUAAUAUAAGCAUAUGGACAGAAAUAGUACUUUCGAUUGCAUAAUCACUUGGAUUUCUGUUAAAGUCUUUUCUUAAAAAUAAUUUUUUGUUUAUAUUUUGAAAUAUUUAAGAACAUAUUUAAACAUAAGGUAACAAAUCAAAUGUAAAUUAACUGUAAAUAAAUUAGUUGUACUCUGAA